AUCGAAGUUAGCGAUACCGAUUGACACUAACAAGACCAAAACAACCCAGCCAUGGUUUGUGUAAAGUGUCUCACUUUUCUGUUCGUUCUCACGGUAAUUGUCUCCAUUCAUAAAGCCAGUCCAACGGACACCAGGGACAACCGGGGUCAGAUUCAGGGGUCAGUCUUUACUUCCUUUGGGGAAGUGACAAACUUUCUGCGGGAAUGGUUCGCUAAGCUCACCAAAAAUCUCGUCCAUGACUACCAAGAUUAUGGCGGUGCUUCGGGACACCGAGAGAGAAGAGACCUAAAACCACCGGUCGACUUUGAGAUUAUUGCACAAGAAUAUUUGCUUAAUGAAACACGGCAGUAUUUGCAGCAGUUUUUAGGAUACGCGGAGUACCUUAAUGUUACAAACAAAGAGUCCUUGGACGAAAUUUACCUGCGAGAGGAUCGUCGUCUGUCUGGAAUGUCUCCGCCAGAACUUCUCAAAUAUAUGACGUCACUGAGUAAAACGUUACGUUUUGGCACCAGUGGAAGGUACUUUUUAAAGCCUAGUGCUAACUGUGCUGCAAUGGAACAUAUAUAUGAGGAAAUCCUGAGCCCCUGUAAAAGACUGAAGGUGUCUGGUAAUGGUUUGCCCCAGGCUGCUCCCCACGCUAUUCCCCCGCUGAAAGGCUACCAGGCUCCCCCUCCGUCAGUUAUGUCUAACGAUGACAAGAAAUCCAGGCCCCUCAAAGUCCUACAGAAUGAAGGUCAAAUUAGAUUGUCAGCUUACAUGAACUUUGGGUUAUUAACAGUACAUGUUAUUCAAGCUAGACACCUUACAUCCAAGUCAUCCCCUCUAUGCAAUGCAAUUGUAAAGAUGUCCCUGGUGCCAGAUGAUACAAGAAAAUCGAGAUGCAGAACAGAUGUUGUUAAUGGGUCUAACAAUCCCCUGUUUGAUGAGAAAUUUUCUUUUGAGCUUUUUGAGGAAGACAAUAACAAGAGACUCCUCAUCUCAGUGUGGAACAAGGAGGCAAAUAACAAUGAGUUUUUGGGAUGUACCUCCUUUGGAAUUCGUCACCUGAUUAAUGGGAGGAAGGAUACAGAUGGCUGGUACUAUCUUUUGACAGAGGAAGUGGGCCGUAAGAAGCACUUAAAAGUCUCAAGCAAAAACCAGCCUAAGCUGCAAGUCAGAAGUCAGAGAGAAAAUGUGCCUCCUGUCAACAAAGAUGUGUGGGGGAUGGAGUCAGUCACUGUUACUGUCCACAGAGGGGAGCAUGGGUACGGGUUCUCUGUGAUAGAGAGCUGUCCUGUCAAAGUUGGCAGAGUGGAUAGAGGUUCCCCAGCAGACCAUGCUGGACUUUGUCCAGGAGAUUGUAUCAUCCGUGUCAAUAACCAGAACGUGUCCCGAUCACAGUCAGCCAGUGUAGCCAAACUUGUAAAGAAUUCCGGUCCUACUUUGAUCAUUGACCUCCAGCGGCCUAAGUCCUAUGAGAUCCUGGAGAACCCCCCUUGGCAGCAGGUGCUCCCUCCUAACUCCUCUAUAGAACACAUGGAGCUCAGACGGGGUCAGGACGACAACAACUCGGGGGAGCUCUCAGACGACAGUAAGGGGACCGACGGAUCUGUGGAUGAAGGAGUGUUCUCCCUUCCCAGUCACCUCAUCACAAGCACCCCACUCCCCCUCUUCAUGAAUGGACACCAGACUGUGCCAACUAGAGAUAAGAGAAAACAGGAGGCUAUCCACAGACUGAUGAGUAUAGAGAUGGAGUUUAUUGAUGUCAUGCAUGCUGGAAUGCAGAGAUAUUCCAGACCACUCCGUCACUGUAUUUUAAACCCCAGACAACAUUUUACACUCUUCCAGAAUAUCGAAAAACUGGUAACCAUUUCGGAGUAUCACCUCAAACAAAUUCAUGACAACAUGCCCUCAUUUUGUUCAGACACGGAGGGAUCAUUCACAUCAAGUGAGGGAGGGCAGAACUUCUCCAUUGGCAUGAUCUAUCAAUCAAAGGUCCACAUGCUGUCCCAAGCAUAUGACUUGUACUCAAAAGGUUUAGGGGAGGCCAAUGAACUUUUGUUAGACCUACGGAAAUCAACAGAAUUUGUUAAAUUUGUCAAGGAUCCCCCUUUGGAGCCCCAGCAGCCCUCUAUCAGCACAUUUCUAACCAAACCAGUUCACCACAUUAGAGAGAUGUACCAAGUACUACAGGACAUCUUCAUUAACACACUCAAUGAGGAGAGUGACUUUAAGGGCCUCAAACAGGUGGUUGAAAGUUUAAAUGAGUGUGUUGGCAAUAUAUCCAACUACAGCUGUGUUGACCGUGUUCCAAGCAUUUCAUCCCUUGCCUCAUCGACUGGAAGUACGGGACAUUCUAAAGCUGAAACUAACUCUAUGUCCGGCAAAGGCACCCUAGCUCCAUCCUGCUCCAUGAACACCGUACGAUCUGUCGACUCAGAAGUAGCCAGAAUACAAGAUCGAUUGGUGUUUUCCUCAAAUACUGGGAAAUUCCAGCUAUGUACCGAGGACAGACAUUUGAUUUAUGCUGGUGACAUGUUUAGAUGGGAGGGAACAACAUGGAAAAAGCUGUUUGUGCUGCUGUUCUCUGACAUCCUGGUGCAGACAGAACAAGACAGAAGUGACCAGCUCCAUGUGCUAUAUGAACCAGUGUACCUGAAGCACAUCACACAGGUGGACGGACAGAGAAAUCACACAACUGAACUGGUUUUACAUUUUGCUUCUGAAACAACCCCUCAAGGAGUCCCAAUCACCCACAAGAUGCUGUUCCGGGCCCCUACCACUGAACUGAAGUACACCUGGAAGUCUCUCCUGGAGCAGAAAGUCCACAAUGUACGGGGAAUUACCACCGACUACUACAGUCUGAGUGACUGCUCCGCAGGUUCAGCUGUUAUCAUAUAAAGGUCAAGACCAAAAUGGACAGAAGUGGUGAAAGACUUCCCAGGAUCAGCUGAUGAAAAGGACGGACGAUUGUGAACUCAGACUCUAGUGCUUUAUCAAGAGUUAACAGCUACAGAGCCAAGCUGAUUUCGUAUAAAGACAGAGACAAAAAAAACAACAGCUUCGGGUAACCACCCAAGAUCAGCUGUCGAAAAAAGAUGGACCAUGACGACUGUAAACACAGAUCUUAGUGCUUCAUUAAGAAUGGACAACAGCGUUACAAGUUUCUAUAAUUUUUUCCGUAAUUGAGUUGUCUCAGAGAGCAUGCUAUGUAUUUUUAAUGGUAUAUGUAUUUGUUCCUGAGCUGAUAGACUUAUAUUGACAUUAGAUUUGUGGUCAGUAAAUGUAAGAUUUAAAUAUUUGUUGAUUGCCAAAUAGAAUUUUGUAGUGUUUUUUUUUUACUAGUUCAUUUUAUAUUUCACAAUUACUUUGAGACCAUAUUUUAGGAAAUGUUAAUAAUAUUGCUUCUAUGCUAGUCAGGAGAAAUAUUUGUUGUGUGUAAUUCAAAAGAUUAUACAUUACUCCUGUUUGUAUUAAACCUUUGUACUAAUAUAUACCAUUUUUAUGCAGCGUACAAUAAUCAAAACUACUCAAGACUAUCAAUACUCUUAUUGUUUUGUAGCCAUAUUUACUCAGUGAGGCAUUUUAUUCAUUUUGUGUACCUGGGUAUGGGUUAUGAGUAUGUGGAUUUUGUAGAAGGUUCCCUUGAUGGAAUAGUAAAGUGUGAUAGAAGACACUACAUUGAGUUUACUCAUUAUAUGUAUGAAGUGUGUUUAUGAUAGGGGAGCUUUCAGCAGGAUGUGUGAUUUGCAGCAAAUUUUGUAUAAAUUUCUUUUUUUAAAAAAGACAACAGAAAAAGAAAAGUGAAACCUUUUUGUAGUUGUGUUGUAUUUUUUAAUCACUUUUAUGAGAUAUUUUUAAUUAUGUUAUUUGUUUUGUUUUUCUGUCACGAAAGUGCUAUUGUAUUUUAUGAUUGGAAAUCAUGUUACGUUAAUCUUGGAAAUCCUUAAAGACUUGUAAUUACCUCUUACUACAGUAUGGCCAUGUUCCUCAAUAUUUCUCCUUUCAUUUCAACUCCCUUCACUUUCAUCUGAACUUUGUAGUAUUUAUUUUUAGUUAGACCCAUAGCGUUAGAAAAAGUUUUGUAAGUUUAUAAGAAAAAUAGUAAAUUCAGACAACCAAAUAUGCUCUGUGUUUUUUGUUAG